AUGCUGAGAAGCACCCUGCUGUGCGCGGUGCUGGCGCUCCUGCGCGCGCAGCCCUUCCCCUGUCCCCCAGCCUGCAGGUGUGUCUUCCGCGACGCCGCGCAGUGCUCCGGCGGCCACGUGGCGCGCAUCGGCGAGCUGGGUCUGCCCACCAACCUCACGCACAUCCUCCUUUUCCGAAUGGGCCGGGGCGCCUUGCAGAACCACAGCUUUAGUGGCAUGACGGUCCUGCAGCGCCUGAUCCUCUCCGACAGCCACAUUUCCUCCAUUGAGCCCGGCGCAUUCAGUGACCUGAUCAAGCUAAAAACGCUCAGGUUGUCGCGCAACGGAAUCACGCAUCUUCCGGGUGCGCUCCUGGAUAGGCUGGGGCUCCUGGAACAGUUGUUCUUGGACCACAAUGAACUGAGAACCAUGGACCGACACCUAUUUCGGAAACUGGCUAGCCUGCGGGAGCUGGUCCUCAACCACAAUCGACUGGCGUUCCUGUCUCCCGACCUCUUCGCAAAGCUGGAGAACCUGAAGUUGUUGGAUCUGUCGGCGAACAACUUAACUCACCUGCCCAGGGGACUGCUUGGAGCCCAGGCGAAGCUGGAGACACUUCUGCUCCACACGAACCAGCUCGUCUCUCUGGAUCCGGGGCUGCUGGACCAUCUGGCCGCCCUGAUGGAGCUGCGGCUGGAUGGAAACCACCUGAGUGCCAUCGCGCCCGGUGCCUUCGACCACCUGGGCAACCUGAGUUCUUUGACCCUUUCUAGAAAUCGCCUUGCCUUUCUGCCCCCCGCACUCUUUCUCCAUUCGCGCAGUUUGACUCUGCUCACCCUGUUCGAGAACCCCCUAGAAGAGCUCCCCGAGGUGCUCUUCGGAGAGAUGGCGGGCCUGCGGGAGCUGUGGCUCAACCGCACCCUCCUGCGCACGCUGCCCGCCGCGGCCGCCUUCCGCAACCUGAGCAACCUGCAAACGCUGGGGGUGACGCUGAGCCCGCACCUGAGCGCGCUCCCUCCGGGCGCCCUUGGGGGCCUGGCCGAGCUCCGCGUGCUCGCCCUGCACGCCAACGGCCUGGCCUCCCUCCCCGAGGCCUUGCUGCGCGGCCUCGGGCACCUGCGCCAGGUAUCCCUGCACCACAACAGGCUGCGGGCCCUGCCCCGCACGCUCUUCCGCAACCUCAGCAACCUGGAGAGGGUCCAGCUGGACCACAACCAGCUGGAGGUCCUUCCUGGUGACGUGUUUGGGGAGCUGCCCCAGCUGACGGAGGUCCGGCUGGGGCACAAUCCCUGGCUCUGUGACUGUGGCUUGUGGCCGUUCCUGGAGUGGCUGCGGCACCACCCGGACCUCGUGGGCCGAGACGAGCCCCCGCAGUGCCGCGGCCCGAGGCUGCGCGCCGGCCUGUCGCUGUGGGAUCUGCUGGAGGGUGACCCGUGGUGCCCCAGCCCUCGCGGGCGGCCGCCAAGACCUCCCGCCCAGAACCUCCUCCUGGAAACCACUCUAGCUUCCUGGCUGCCUAAUAGCUCGGAAGCUUGGUUGCGGACCCAGCUAGUGGCCACCGGCGAGCGUCAAGAUCCUCAUAGUCUCUUCUGGUGGCUUUAUGUUCUGGUUUUAGUAGCUCAGGCCGUCGUAACCGGGGUCAUUGUGUUUGCUAUGAUUAAAAUUGGCCAGCUCUUUAGAAAAUUAAUUAAAGAGAGGGCCCUUGUUUGA